AUGCCCAGGCCGGCCCCAAGGCCCAGCCCCUUGCCCCAACUGGACGACACCAGCAGCUCCUCUGACGAGGCGCUUACCAAAAAGCGGGUGGUGCGAGAAUCGUCAAGCACUCGGCCGCUUCAACCAACGAAGCGAGUGCGCGGAAAAGCACCAUCAAGUACCCCAGAGCCUCACGCCCCCAAAUCGAAGCCAUUGUCGAACUCAUCGGCCGCGCCUGCCCUAAGCAUCCGCGAUACACCACAGUCAUCGGCUCGCCCAAAAUACACGACCGCGAUCGCAAUUCAAGAUACCCCUGAAGUCGGCGAUGUUCAGAUUGUUACCAACAACUCAGCUUCCUCUCCAGAACACACGCCCACACACCCGAGAGCAUCCAAAACAGGCGCUGUCCGUGCAACUUUCGGUAAGAACAUAUCGCCAACGACUGCGUCUGCUGGCGAUCUGGAGGAACAUGCCUCGACAGCAGCUGGAGCGGCCGUUGAAAUUGUGGACAGCAGCGACUUUUCCGACGGCGACUCCCUGGACUCUGGCUAUGACAAGGCCCUCAGGUGUCCAAGUUGCCAGAGACACCUGUCCGACAGCCUCUCUGCCAAAGCCAUGGAUCUGUACAGUCACCUCCUGUCGCUCACGCCGGGAUCGGAGCAGUAUUACAUGCAGGGAUUCGAGUUUUGUCGGCGCCACAAGGCCGAGGAGACCACCAUUCCGGAGGGUAUCAGGAGAGGAUAUCCAACGAGCAUUGACUUUAAGCGUAUCAAGAUGCGGGUUCGGGGUCUGCUGUCCGAGAUCAAGGGCAUUGUUUCUAAUCCAGAAACGAGCUACUUUCGCACCCUGGCGAUGCAGGCAUACAGCUCCCUCGGCAAGCGGCAUGCACAAGGCGUCGAAUACAAACUAAGACAUAGCCAGCAACUCAAAUGUGGCUAUUAUGGAAUGCUCGGGACAAGCAUCAUCUUCAAAACACUGAUCGAGCUCUUGACUCGCGGAGAGAAGCCGAUCCUGAAGUACAGAACAACAAAGCCCCAGACCGUUUUCGAGUUCAUCCAAGACGUACUUGUACCCGAAGUCGCGAGCCGUCUUAUACUCCAGGACUGUCAGAGCGAAGCCAGCCGGAUUGGCGAUGUGACAAACUUGGCAGAAGCCCGCCAAGUGAUGCAGGAGAGCUCCGAGUUUGGCUGGGCGCUCCACGGCGACUGGAGCGACGAAGAAAGCAGCGACUAG